UUUUUUUUUUCUACACAUGUUCUCCAAUAUAACCUAUUUUUCGUAUAAUCUGUUGUAAAUAGUUUGCAAAAAUGUUUGAAAAAUUUCAACCGCGAUUAUUAGACGUAAAUAGAAGACCCGGGCAACCGAAGAGACGAAAAAAGAUCACGCUUGUUUUUGAUGAGGAAAAACGACGAGAGUUUUUAGGAGGGUUUCGUAAAAGAAAAUUAGAACGGAAAAAGAAAGCUCAGGAACAGUUGCAAAAACAAUUGAAAGAAGAACAAAAGAAAAUUAAACAAGCGGCACGAGAACGUUACAAAAAAUUAUUAUCGCAUCGGAAUGUCCCAGAAUUAGAAGAAUUAUUAUCUAAGAAAGAAUAUGAUCUGGAAGGACAUACAGUCAGUAUUUUGGAGUUAAACGUAGCGGAGCUUGCAGAAGGAAGUAGGUGGAUAGGUGAAAACAAGAUUGCAGAGAAAAAAGAAGAGGAACAAGAUGACGAAAGUGAACAUUCUAAUAAUGAUGACGAUGAAAUUGAGGGAAUGUCACUGCAAGAGAAACAGAAGAAUCCAGUACAGCAAAAACCUAAAUCUGAUAGUCAGCAGAUUAAAUCUUCAAAAGAACUAAAACGGGAAAUAAAGAAAGCAACACUGAAGCAAAUUAAAAAGAGUAAGGCAUUUCAACAAAAGCAGAGAUUGGAACAACAGAAAAAUAAAAAACAGAAUAGACAAAAAUUAUAUAAUGCUCAAAAGGUAGUACACAAACAUGGUAAACGGAUUAAACAGAAAUCAAAACAUUAGAAUAUUUGAAAAAUUUGUUGAACAUAUAAUUUUAAAUAAAUUUGUUUCAUAAUAAACAA